ACACACACACACACAUUGUAAUAUACUGAUUCAUACAUAUUUAUCGAAAAAUGCAAUAAAUGUUUCAUAUCAGAAUUUUAUUACAAUUAUUAGUUACAUUUUAAUAUGGCAUUAAUUAAUUUAAUCAACCAGCAAACUGGCAAACAAGACUAUCUUGUUCGUCAAACUGGCAAACGAGGCUUGGAUUCGACCUGUUUGUAAACACACACUGGUUCCCUCAGGAUUAGGCUAAAGCACCAAACUUGAACAGGUAGGACGAAAUUGUAUAUGCUGUGUUAACUGAGAGGUGACUAUUAAUGUGUCUGAUGUUCCAUUAUCGAGUAGAAAAAUAUAUAUUUGUGAGACAAAAUGCCGACCCGUAAGACACAAUGCCGACCCGUGAGACACAUUGCCGAGUCAAAAUACCGGUACCGGUAUUUUGACAUACCGGCAUUCUGUCUAGCAAGCCUGAAGAAGAGUACCGGCCAUGUGGUUCCCUCAUCCACCGACAGACCAAGUUAGUGGAUUACUUAGUUCUGCAGUUGAUUGAGGAGAGUGGGAUGAAGGCUGACAUAUCCCGCUUGGCUCUGCGCCUCAUCCACUGUGGCCGGGUGAAGGAAGCGGUCCACCUGGUCCUCUCCCUUCCCUUCCUGCGCACCAAUAACCACUUUUAUUCCAACACUGCCAUCUACUUGCGUGAGAUUGUCCACACACGAACAGCCCCAGGUGUGGUGGUGGAUGUGUGCCACCACCUGCAGGAGGAAGGCAUCAACCAGUUCGCCCUGCAGGUAGCCCUGGAGCACACCUUGAGGGAGCGAUGGGAGGAGCUGGCCUGGGUGCUGCUGAGGGCCAUGAAGGAUGCUGGCUUGCCCCUCAGGGAACACUAUUUCUGACCACUCCUCCACCUCAAGGCCAUUGCCCAGGAGCCUGCCCAAUUGUUAGAGUGUGUGCAGCUAAUGCUUCAGCUUGGGGAAGCUCCAAGCCUUGUGACUCUGCGUACCCACAUCAUUCCCGGCCUGAGCCUGAGCCAGCCACACCUUGCUCUACAGAUGCUGCAGAACACAGGGCUCUCAGCCACCGCUGCUGCCACACCACUGCUCAUGGUGCUGGUCAAAAACAACAUGAUGGAACAGGCCAUCAAGUUUGCCAUCGAGCAAGAACACAGAUGACUGGGGUGGGCAGUUCCUCCUCAGCUUGGUGGCCACAAGGGCAGGGCUUGCUGUCCAUCACAUCCACCCUCUCUUCCAGCAUCCUGCACACUUCCACAGGAGCUGAGGAAACACGGGAUUGGUGUGUCAGAGCACUCAGCAGACCUUCUUGUGAAACAAUUGAGCCAGCCACUGCAGAAGGCAGUGAAGGACAACCUAUCCCUUGUGCUGCAGCCUGCCCUGGAUCAACCUCCUCAGCAGAGCAUCUCAGAGCAGCUCCAUCAGCAGCAUCACAGCACCCUUCCCCACCCAAUGAUGCCAAGUUACUUAGAAAGGUGGGAAGGGAAGAGGAUUGCCAAGCACUGCAGCAGGAUUUGAACAGACUACGGGAAUGGAGUCAUAGCUGGGAAAUGGAAUCCAACAUCAGAAAAUGCAGUGUAAUGGAAUUUGGGGAGAGUGAAAAGAGAAAUGACAAUGGAAAAGGACUUGCGCAAUAUGAAUGAGGGUGAGCUUGAGGGACACCUUGAGGAGCUGCGUGCAAAGGGUCCCUGUGCCGCCUGCUGCUCCUCCGUGCCUCCAGGAAUGACAGCUGGGGUGCUGGAGCUCAUGAGGGUGAGGUGCAGAGAGUGCCUCUAAGGAUGGGCAGCAGCUGAGUGCUGGCAUGUUGUCUGGUGUUCUCAUGGCUUAUGUAGACAACAACAACACCAAGGCUGCCCUGGACAUGUAUUCCCUGCUUGGCACCAAACACCCAAGCUUCAAGGUGGACUCUUACAAGGUGGUGGACCUUUGCACCCUCCUCACCCAGAGUUGCAAGGCUACAGGUGAUGGGAGCGAGGCAAGGAGCUGGGGCGGGAAGGACGCGUGGCGAUCUUAGAGGUCUCCUCUGUCACCACCGCCAAUCUGGAGACGACCCUCAAGUCUGUGGCUCGCGCUGUGCUGGCUAAGGAAUCGGCGGCUGCCCACCAGUCCUCAAGCAACGACAGAAGCACGUGUUCAUUGCAGUAAAGUCUCGUUUACACGGGGCAAGUAGAGAGGCAAGUCAAGUGUACAAGUUGCCCGCUUUCACUUUUCAAAGGCAAGCAGUGAUAGCAAGUAAUUUACACGUAAGCAAGUAAUAAGAGCAACCAAGGUCCAUAUACACGGUGUAUAUAGAUCUUGAGAGCAACUACACUCUAAGAUGAUGUUGCACGUUUGAUGAGCACACAUCCGUUUUUCCAAAUGAUAAUGGAUUCUACAAAGAUUGUGUUUAAUAAGGUGUCGAAACAAUUGUGUGGUGAAAUAUUGAAGACAGCCUGAGGGAUGAGUAAAGGUACGCGCACAAAGAACGCGCGAGAAACCAGCGCCGAUCCGUUGGGACUCGCGCUGGUUUCCGGCGCUGGUAGGUGAGCACAAAGGACGCUGGUAAUCUGCUCUGACCAGCGCGGGGAGGGACAUGGUAGAGCAGUUUUAUUAGCCAGUCGUGAUUCAUCAGCUGUAAAACAAACAUGUCAAGCUCAUUGUCUGAUGAGCUAAUAACACACACACACACACACACACACACACACACACACACACACACACACACACACACACACACACACACACACACACACACACACACAUUCUUUCCUUCACAGUCUAGUUCUUUGCUGACUUCUGCCUACAGCUUGUCAACAACAUUGCUGUUUGCGUGGAGCUUAUUUCCCUUAUCCCACAAUGGUGGUUUCUCAAAUACUUUGCUGAUAAGUAAUUUGAUGUCCAUCCUGAAACAGACGUCUACUCGCGCGAGAAAGCAGGCAAAUAUGGUUCGGGGGAAACAGGAAACAGGAAAGCUGGUUGACGCUGGCUGCCUGCGCCGACAAGCUCUGUGCACGCUUACACUUGUUUAUAUGGUGUAAUUUUGGCUCUGAUUGGCGCCUGUUGGCGCUGGUUUCUCGCGCAAGAAAACCAGCAUCUCUGUGAGCGCACCCUAAGGCUGAGAGACUGGAUACAAGAAAGGAAUGAUCGAACACUGGUCUUCAUCAUCACUCCUGCUCCUUAUACACCACAAACUCGUUUGUGAGUUCCUCACUCCACCUUGCAGGCAUGUCUGAAACUAUGCAACACCUCAAUUCACCUACACUAGUGAUCGUUAACCUGGGUGCAUGGUGCACCCCAGGGUGCAUGAAAAUUUUUAAAGCUUACUUGGAAAUAAUGGGAUACAUAGAAGAAUACAUGAUUAUUCCGGUGUGUAGAAAAGUCCACAGUACGAAAAGAUGUUUCAGUGAAGAAAAUUGUGUCAUGCAGGAAGUUUAUUUGAUUUGAGAUUAAAAUAUUACAAAUUCAUGUACACGACGUAACUCGCGCCUCAUAAAUUUGAUAUGUGGCAUUUUGUUUUAUUCAGCACCUACAUAGAUUUAAGAACGAGAAGCUAUUUCCUAGCGUUUAAAAUGGAGAAAUAAUACUUCUUUGAAAACUAGAGAUAACAUGAAAUCUUCAUGUAAAAUCUUUUCUAAUUAAUCGUCCUAUAGCCCCAGGGUACAUAAAUUUCUAAAAAGCUCACAGAUUGAUGCUUGAAUUUAAGAAGAUUGAAGAACACUGACUUACACAACACCUGUUAUGCGACUGAACUGGAGAGGAAAGCGAGCAAGUAUUAUGUUCACACAAGCCAAGUCAGAGACAAUUACGUAGCUUGCCAUGGUGGGCUGAGAUAAAGCAAGUUGUCUUAGAACUGCUGCCUAUUCACUUGGCUUGCCUGGGAGCUUGCCUGGUAACUUGCCUCUUACUUGACUUGGCCAGUUUUGUUUGUCAAGUUUAUAUUUGCACACGGCAAGUAACAUGUAGCAAGUAAUUUGUAGACUUGCCUUGCCUCCCUACUUGUCCCGUAUGAACGAGGACUCGUUCUGGACUCCGGAAUGCUGCCUGGAGUCAGCGGCGGCCCAGCAGUCUUCCAGCAACACCAGAAGCAUCCAAUGUCCUGCUGAUUGGUUUCCCGAAUGAAGAACAUGACAUGUAGUAUCGCUGCAGCAGAGAAGAGUGCAUAGUGCCAGUAGAGUCCCGCCAGCGUAAGCACUUCCACCAUUGUGCUGUAGAGUUGAAGGGCGGCGAUGGUUAUGAAAGUCAGCCAUAACAGACACACGCUCAGCCCCUGCCAAGGGUGUGAAGUGGAGCUGAUGGUUGAGUAGAGUGGAGUUGUCGGAAGAAAGCUGGGUGGAGAAGGCAUUGGGCCAGGACAGGACAAGGCCGAACUCGAAAGAACUCAGCGAGAUCAGGAGUAUCAUUAUGACCUGUAACUGUAUCUGCUGGUAUCUGUGUCUAGAUGAAUUACUGCGAAUACCAUUAUCACCUAUAACUGUAUCUGCUGGUAUAUGUGUCUAGAGAAAUUACUGUUUUUCAAUUUGUUACUCCUUAUCCCUUCCUGCCUACCUGCUUCAGCGUGGGUCUCAGCACUGCACCCAUCGGAGCGCCCACCACAAAGUCACACAGGUGGGGACCGAGAGGCGCUUGCAUCUGCAGCAUUUGUUGGGCGAGGCUCAUGAUGGCUGGGGAUACCUGCUGCUCUUGCGCCCCAGUGCCACCCACACCCUCGCCAGCUUGUAUAAGCACUGAAGCGCCCCCUUGAACCUUCUCAGUGCCAUUCUGUCACGGAGGGAAGCUGAAUGGUAAUGAUUCACAAAAGUUGUCGGUCUACUUUUGGAGACAUGGUGAACUUCCUUCCUCGUUUCACCUCGAAGAUCUUUAAUAGGUCUUAGCGGAGGCUUUAAAAGUUUUUCAAGGAUGAUUUCAUGUUUAUAAUGAGAGUUCAAGGAUUCUGCAUCGUCAUUUGGCAAAAAAAAAAAAAAAAGCAUGAGAACCAUCUUUGGCCUUUGAGGACAAUCAUAAUGAUGUCUCUCAGAUAUCCCUCAACUUGAAUGUGAAUAAGUAAGUAGAGAGUGUUUAGACGUGCUUCCUUAGCUAAGACAAAAGUAAGAAAUAAAAGAAACAAGCUCUUAAAAAGCAUUAUGAUGAUUAAGUCAUACUGUGUUAAAUCAUUCCUGCUGCAAGGAUUUUAUAGUAUCAGAAGAGAUGUUGAAGAAAUUCAAGUAUAUAUUAUGUAUGACCACGAUGAAGCUAAUGAAGGCGAUAUUGAUAAUACAGAACCUGAUGAUGUGGAAUUGAUGGUUGAAGUUUUACAAGAAUUAUGAAUAGCUGUAUGGUACGAAGAUGUGCUGAAUUUAUGUCUUUUCUGUUUUUGGUGUGUAUGGGGGGAGUCAAUAAAUCUCAGCCCAAAUAAAGGAUUUGAACUU